AGAAAGACGGAAGCGGAAGUUGGGGGGCGCGUCAGCUCCGAAAGAGGGAGCGCCUGCAGCGUCGGUCCGGAGUGGGGUCGCCAUGGGGCGAGGCAGCGGCUCCUUCGAGCGUCUCCUAGACAAAGCCACCAGCCAGCUUCUAUUGGAGACAGACUGGGAAUCCAUUCUACAGAUCUGCGACCUGAUCCGUCAGGGGGACACACAAGCAAAAUAUGCUGUAAACGCCAUCAAGAAGAAGGUCAAUGAUAAGAACCCACAUGUGGCCUUGUAUGCUCUGGAGGUGAUGGAGUCUGUGGUAAAGAACUGUGGUCAGACAGUCCAUGAUGAAGUGGCCAACAAGCAGACCAUGGAAGAACUGAAGGAGCUACUGAAGAGGCAAGUGGAAGUUAAUGUUCGGAACAAGAUCUUGUACCUGAUCCAGGCCUGGGCACAUGCCUUCCGGAAUGAACCCAAGUACAAGGUGGUACAGGACACGUACCAGAUCAUGAAGGUAGAAGGACAUGUCUUCCCUGAAUUUAAGGAAAGUGAUGCCAUGUUUGCUGCUGAAAGAGCCCCUGACUGGGUGGAUGCUGAGGAAUGCCAUCGGUGCAGAGUACAGUUUGGGGUGGUGACCCGCAAGCACCACUGCCGAGCAUGCGGGCAGAUCUUCUGUGGCAAGUGCUCCUCCAAGUGCUCCACCAUCCCCAAGUUUGGCAUCGAGAAGGAAGUGCGCGUGUGCGAGCCCUGCUAUGAGCAGCUGAACAAGAAGGCAGAAGGGAAGGCUGCCUCUACCACAGAGCUGCCCCCAGAGUACCUGACCAGCCCCCUGUCACAGCAGUCUCAGCUGCCCCCAAAGCGGGAUGAAACAGCUCUGCAGGAAGAGGAGGAACUGCAGCUGGCUCUGGCCCUGUCACAGUCAGAGGCUGAGGAGAAAGAGAGGAUGAGACAGAAGUCAACAUAUACAGCACAUCCAAAGGCAGAGCCUACACCCUUGGCUUCAUCUGCGCCCCCAGCUGGCGGCCUGUACUCCUCGCCCGUGAACUCAUCAGCGCCUCUGGCAGAGGACAUCGACCCUGAGCUUGCAAGAUACCUCAACCGGAACUACUGGGAGAAGAGACAGGAAGAAGCUCGGAAGAGCCCCACACCCUCUGCUCCUGUGCCCCUGACGGAGCCGGCUGCCCAGCCUGGAGAAGGACAUACAGCCCCCAGCAGCAUGGGAGAGGCUCCCCUUCCGGAGACAGACUCUCAGCCUGGAACGCCCUGCAGUGGCCCCUUCAGUGAGCAGUACCAGAAUGGGGAGUCAGAAGAGAGCCAUGAGCAGUUCCUCAAGGCCCUGCAGAAUGCCGUCAGCACUUUUGUCAACCGCAUGAAGAGCAACCACAUGCGGGGCCGCAGCAUCACCAACGACUCGGCCGUGCUCUCGCUCUUCCAGUCCAUCAACAGCAUGCACCCACAGCUGCUGGAGCUGCUCAACCAGCUGGAUGAGCGCAGGCUGUACUACGAGGGACUUCAGGACAAGCUGGCACAGAUACGUGAUGCCCGAGGGGCUCUGAGUGCCCUGCGUGAAGAGCACAGGGAGAAGCUGCGCCGGGCAGCUGAGGAGGCUGAGCGCCAGCGUCAGAUCCAGCUGGCACAGAAGUUGGAGAUCAUGAGACAGAAGAAGCAGGAGUACCUGGAGGUGCAGAGACAGCUAGCUAUCCAGCGCCUGCAGGAACAGGAGAAGGAACGGCAGAUGCGCCUGGAGCAGCAGAAGCAGACUGUCCAGAUGCGUGCCCAGAUGCCUGCCUUCCCCUUGCCUUAUGCCCAGCUCCAGGCUAUGCCCACAGCUGGGGGUGUACUCUACCAGCCCUCAGGCCCAACCAGUUUUCCUGGCACCUUCAGCCCAGCAGGCUCAGUAGAGGGCUCUCCGAUGCAUGGCGUGUAUAUGAGCCAGGCAGCCCCAGCCACUGGCCCCUACCCCAGCAUGCCUGGCACCACAGCAGAUCCCAGCAUGGUCAGCGCCUACAUGUACCCAACAGGUGCCCCUGGGGCCCAGGCCGCCCCUCAGGCCCAGGCCGGGCCCACCACCAGCCCUGCCUACUCCUCCUACCAGCCCACUCCAACCCCAGGCUACCAGAAUGUGGCUUCUCAGGCCCCACAGAGCCUCCCAGCCAUCUCCCAGCCUCCACAGACCAGCAACAUAGGCUACAUGGGGAGCCAGCCAAUGUCCAUGGGCUACCAGCCAUACAACAUGCAGCCAGGAGGGUCUGUUUCUGUCUGCUCACAGAUUACUCAGUGUUGGGCUCCAUCUUACUUCCCACAGAAUCUCAUGACCACCCUUCCAGGCCAGGAUGCGUCUCUGCCAGCCCAGCAGCCCUACAUGACAGGGCAGCAGCCCAUGUACCAGCAGAUGGCACCCAGCACCGGCCCUCCCCAGCAGCAGCCCCCUGUGGCCCAGCCGGCACCUACACAGGGACCUCCAGCACAGGGCAGUGAGGCCCAGCUCAUCUCCUUUGACUGACCUUGAGUCUGGCGCUCGCCAUCCAGAGUAACACUACAGUUCACCAGAAACCACUUAUAUGUCUAACUAGCCAUUUCCGCUCCUAUUACUGCCCUGUAGUGUCCCUUCAGUGAGCAAGGAGUGGGCCUUCACCCUUGGCCCUCUUCCCUGGCCUCAGUGGUCUGGCUCCUGUCACUGGUUCCCUGCUUUGGUCCUGAUGCAGUCUGACCUCCCCAGGACUGGGACUCUGCAGGGCAAGUAGGACCUUCUCUGUAGAGUGCCCAGUUGUGUUGGGACCUGCCACAGGUGACUGCUAUGAAAAUGUUUAGACUGCCCCAGAGUUUGAUGUGAACUGUGUGGGGUCCAGGCCUGGCCCUGGUAUCCAGAAGAACCAUGUAGCUCCUGCACAGCGAGGGUAGACGCUUCAGGCAUCUCUAUUUCCCCUACUCCUUGGAUGUCAUCUCUCCAGUGCAGAACAGUGAAAAUAAAAUGUAUUUCAAAACUCU